AUUGAAAAUGUAGCAUUGAAAAUGUAGCAUUGAAAAUGUAGCAUUGAAAAUGUAGCAUUGAAAAUGUAGCAUUGAAAAUGUAGCAUUGAAAAUGUAGCAUUGAAAAUGUAGCAUUGAAAAUGUAGCAUUGAAAAUGUAGCAUUGAAAAUGUAGCAUUGAAAAUGUAGCAUUGAAAAUGUAGCAUUGAAAAUGUAGCAUUGAAAAUGUAGCAUUGAAAAUGUAGCAUUGAAAAUGUAGCAUUGAAAAUGUAGCAUUGAAAAUGUAGCAUUGAAAAUGUAGCAUUGAAAAUGUAGCAUUGAAAAUGUAGCAUUGAAAAUGUAGCAUUGAAAAUGUAGCAUUGAAAAUGUAGCAGACGUUCAGAUGUAUUAUUUUCAUUCUGAAAUUAGAAUAAAAGUUGUCAGAUAAUGUUUAAACCCAAAACAUCGGCAAUCUUCUUUUAAUGAGAGCAGCAGUCGUUAUAUGUCUGGUUUAGAUAUGAGUAUUAUAUUAUUUAUCUCACUUUAACGAGAAUGAUUUUAAUUAAAAAUCUUGAACAAAAACUACUGACGUUUGCCGAUAAUGAUUUAUCCAAAAAAGAAAUAUUAAUCCGUGAUGAACACCUCUACAAUAUCGUUGUUGAACGCAUUCAGCAACAAAUUAAGAAAUUACUUAUCAAUAGUACUAAUGAUGCCGACAAUUCUUUUGCCGACAAUUUAUCUUCAAUUCGUUCAUCGUUAAUUCAUCUUCCAAAUGAACUAUUUCCAUUUAUUUUCGUCUAUUUCCAUCCAUUUGAACUUAUUGACACAUUCGGUCAUUUGGAUACUCGUCUCGAUUGUCUCAUUCAACAGUCUAUUACACAGCUCGAUUAUAUCCGUCAUUCUGGUAUUAGCGCUAUUGGUAAAAAAAAUGAAUCGUUUUUUCAAUUUGUGACUAAACUGAAACUCACUUAUCCACAACUGCAAAACUUAUCAAAGCCUCUUACUGAUCUGUUUCCAAAACUUCAAUCGGUACUAUUAACCCAGAUUAUGCUAGAUGAUGGCGUACAAGAAAAAAAAUUCUUGACAAAGUAUGUUGACUCAUUAAAAAUAAUACUGGAAUCGUUCAGCAUGGAAUUCGAUGACAUGAUAACGCAUGAAUUCACACAACAUUUAUUUGAUGAACAAUCUCGAUUAAAACAAAUGGUACUAACAUUUACCAGACAAGGUUGUAUGAUAAAUACCGUACCUAUUGAUAACGAUUAUGGUCUAUUACCGUGUCCAUCACUGACCCAUUUGACGAUUGAUCUUACAUUUGAUUUUGAAAUUUUCAUUCUAUGUGAAUAUCUACCGUGUAUCGAAUAUCUGAAUAUUCGUUUGCAACAUGGUCAUCAUCUCACUCACGAAUAUGAUUACAACACAAUAAAACAGAAACAAUUGUCACGUGUUCUGAAACAUCUUCGAAUUAAAUUACGUGACUAUCAUCUAGUACCAUUUCGUGUACUACUGUUGUUAAUUGAACAGUAUGUACAUUCUCUCCAGUAUCUAUCAUUGAAUACGUGCCUAGAUUCACCCGUCGAUGGCCACCAGUUGAAUCUGCUAAUGAAAUUGAAAUCGGUUCAUUUCUGUUUUCGUUUCUCGGUACCUGAGACGUUUGAUUAUGCUCAAUUGAUGUCCACGUUCAAUAUUUCGACUGUCAUGUGUUUUCCGAAUCAGAAUGGUGAUUGUGUUCUGUUAACCUUACCGUAUGAAUUUGAUGAGCUUCCGGACAUUUCAAAUCGGAUGCUUCAGUAUUGCCUACCACCUAAUGCUGAUCCUAUGACCAUGAUUAAAAUGCCUGCAGUAACACGAAUUUCAUUCACUUGUGAUAACGAUGAUAGCCUAAAACUAGAACUAUUUUUAUUCGUUCAAAAUGCAUGUAUUAAUUUAAAAGAAUUGACAAUUUCGCCAUACCAAUUAAGUACACAAAUAAUCGCCGAUCGACAAGUUCAGCUGAUCAAAGUAACAAAAAUGAAUAUUCUUUCCAAGACAAUAGAGUAUUCAUCACUGAAACGUUUACUUUUAUUGGUACCAAAUAUAAAAGAAUUAUACAUAGAAACUUUAUUACCAACAAGUGUGUAUUAUGAGGAAUUGUUGAAUGAUCAGGAAUUGGCAUUGGUACGAAAAAUGUUAAAUACUGUCAAGACAGUUUUUGCAUGUGGAAAUAAUGCUGACGACGAUGAAGAGGAAGCGAAGGUAAUCGAAAAAUUGAAUGAACAAUUGAAAAUGACAUUUCCAAAUGCACAAUGCACUACUACAUCUGAUAGUGGAUUUGAAGUAGAUAACGAAGAAUACUAG